UGCCAGCCUCCUAUAGAACAGACCUGCUGGCUGGUGUCCCCAUCUGGGCUCAGGGUAUCUGGUCAGGAAUGCCUGGUAGCUCGGGAGCCACCAUUAGGAGGUCACAGGGAAGUGUUUGUGUCGCUGGUUUCCCUCCUGUCUGACAUUGCCAUCGGCUUUAGUCUUCCUGUAAUGGCUGCCUUCCCAGCCUGUGCCAGUUCCCAGCCAGAAGUCCUCUGCUCUGUCUGCUGAGGAAGUGGCAGAGGCCACAGAACUGCCAUUCUGGCCACAGGCACCCUCCACGACUGCCCUGUCCCACUCUUCCCUGGGCUAUAAAGACAGAAACCAGCCAGGCUGAUGCUGCCACAACUGGGGAGCCACAGGUAAGAUGUGUACAUGCAGAUGUUGCAAGACUGGCUGGCCCACCAACCGGGACGUCACCUUGCAGUAAGAAGGCCAAAGGAAAGGUACAGCAGGUCGCAGGUGUCUCCUCGCAGCCCUUCUGCAUGGGGACUCUGCAAGGCUUGUGCAGACUCAGCAAAGGCAGCAGUUGCUCGGGCUGUCACUUGGUGUGUGGCCUCAGGCAAGUUACUUAAGUUAUCAGCCUUGAUUUCCUCAUUGCUGAACUGAGAACGAUGAGCAUGAACACAGAGGGCAGAUCAGGCUGUGUGAGCUCAGAGCCGCCUGGGCCACAACCAUGGUGGGCAUGGAGUCAGGUGCCAAAGGCCUCGUGGAUGUAUUUCCAUGUGGACUGUGUGACACCCCCCCCCAAACAGCAUUCCUCAGCUGGGUUACAGCAUUCUUACCCAAGGUGACAUUACAUAGGUGACAAGAUACUUCCAUAAUUUGUAUUCAUGCAAAGCCCCAAUACUGGCCUCCAGCAAGGCAGGUCAGGUGGGGUAGGGCAAAGCCACUGGGCAGGAAGCAACUCUUUAAAGCAUGUGACCUCCCUGGGGAGCACACUGGGGGCCUGCCACCCACACUCACGACAAACAGUUAACCUGGAUAUGGAGCCCUUGGGGCCUGCUGCCUGAAAUGUCUGUUAUGUGGGACUUCACUCUCCAGCCUUGGAGAGCAGUCAGGGAAGACCUCCAGGAGGAAGCAGCCACCUGUGGCAGGGCAGAGCAGUGGUAAGGGGUGCCCAGAAGGGCCUCAUCUGAAGAACUGCACUUCAGGAAGUAAAGGCAGGCGAGAGUAGAUGGUGUGGAGUUGCCCAGACUAGACUCAAGGGAACAACAGGAUUGGUGGACCCAAUCAGUGAGGGCCCAGGCAGUGUGAGGAUCAAGAGAAGAAAGUGAGCUUUAGAAAUAUUUCUGAGUGGUACAGCAGUUGCCUUAGCACACCCAAGGCCCUGGGUUGAUCCCAGUCCUACAAGAGGCAAAUGUGCCGCUCGGAAUGGCAGCCAGUUGAGCAAUGUAGAAAGAGAAGGGUCCAAGGCUGUGCACUCCCAUCCUCACGGUGCACAGCUGUCUGGGAAUGGGGGAGGGUUCGGAGCUCAUGACUCAGGGCGUCCACCCUGUGAUCAGACACUCAGAUCCAGCUGAUCCAGGUACAUGCGCAAGAGGCGGUCCUUGCCCUGCACCCCAUCCUCAACCCCACUGGCCUUAAGCUCCCCAAAGGCAAGUAUGGUCUCCCUGGAACAGCAAGAACCCUAAGGGAGAGAUUUGUUCUGACCACUGCCCCUUAAGUGAAGACCGGGCUCCCCUCCCCCUGGCCCUGCAGCUGUUUCUGGACAGAGGGAGGGGGAAGUGGCCAAAAAAACGAGAAGUAAGAGAAGUUCCUGUCCAGCCUGUACCAGUCUCCUCGGAACUUCAGAACCUCAGUGGCCAUGGAGUCUGUGGAACCUCCUGUCAAAGACGGCAUCCUCUACCAGCAGCACGUGAAGUUUGGCAAGAAAUGCUGGCGCAAAGUGUGGGCUCUGCUGUAUGCCGGAGGCCCAUCAGGCGUAGCUCGGCUAGAAAGCUGGGACGUGCGUGAUGGUGGCCUGGGACCAGCAGGUGACAGGUCCACAGGGCCCAGCCGUCGAGGGGAACGCCGGGUCAUACGCUUGGCUGACUGUGUAUCCGUCCUACCGGCGGAUGGCGAGAGCUGUCCCAGGGACACUGGUGCCUUCUUGAUCACCACCACUGAGCGAAGCCACCUGCUGGCGGCACAGCAGCGCCAGUCCUGGGUGGACCCCAUCUGCCGGCUGGCCUUCCCGGGUACCGGAGAAUGUUCGUCAGGAUCAGGACAGGCUGAGAGUCCCAAAAGGGGCUUUGUUCCCAUGGAGGAAAACUCUAUCUACUCCUCCUGGCAGGAAGUGACCGAGUUUCCCGUGGUCGUGCAAUGGACAGAGGCCACCACCCGCUGCCAGCUGAAAGGACCCUACCUCCUGGUGCUGGGCCAAGAUGACAUCCAACUGCGGGAGACGUCCAAGCCCCAGGCCUGCUUUAGCUGGCCCUACCGUUUCCUGCGCAAGUACGGCUCUGACAAGGGUGUGUUCUCUUUUGAGGCUGGUCGCCGCUGUGACUCAGGUGAGGGCCUUUUUGCCUUCAAUAGCCCGCGUGCACCAGACAUAUGUGGAGCUGUGGCUGCUGCCAUUGCCCGCCAGCAGGAGCGUCUUCCAGAGCUGGCCAUGUCCCCACCCUGCCCCCUGCCUCGGGCCCUCUCCCUGCCCUCCCUAGAGCCCCCUGGAGAGCUUCGGGAGGUGGCCCCAGGAUUUGAGCUGCCCACUUCCAGAAAGCUGCCUCUAACUGAUCCCGGGCCUCAAAGCCUACCACUGCUGCUCAGCCCAACACAAGAAGGACCGGCAUCCGGUCUCUAUGCAUCCGUGUGCAAGCAGACCGGCAAGAACACAGGCACGGCGGAGCAUCUCUACGAGAACGUGUGCAUGCUGGAGGCCAGCCCUGGGCUGACCAAUGGGGAUCCUGAGGCCCAAGAGGGCCCCCCUGGUGGCCGCAGCCCCCUGGGCAGCCCCAUCUACCAUAACAGUGAGGAUCUGAGUUGGCCCGGCUCGGCCCACGACAGCAAUCUGGAAGCCCAGUACCGGAGGCUGCUGGAACUGGAGCUGGAUGAGGCCGGAAGUGCCGGCCGCUCUGGAGCACAGGCAGGCAUCAAGGCCAAGCUGGUGACCCUGCUGACCCGUGAACGGAAGAAGGGCCCCGCCCCCUGUGACCGGCCCUGAAAGCCUGCGUGGAGGCCACAACAGGACAGAGGUGAUCUCCCAAGACCAGGAACAAUUUAGAACAUAUCCGUCUACUCUGACCUGCAGGGACAAGCCAGGUGGCCAGGGAGGAGCCACACUCUGCCCUACCUCCUCCCUCAGACUGUACAGAUUGACCAGUAAUAAAGCUUGCCUAUCAACUUCCCCUC